UUUUGACCGCAAAUCAGGCGUUCGCAGCACGACGAAAGUGGCUUCGCUCGUACCUGUCGCAUGACUCACCAAGGCAGGCACAGCCACUGCAACAAGUAACAAAACACUACCUUACUGAGAUACAGCUGGGCCCUGGUGUCUCUCAUCCGCCACACGACUCGACCAGUCAAACUCAUAUUAGCAGACAGUAGAAAUGUCGAAAUCGACGAAACUAAUCAUUCUCGACGGACGCACAGGCGAAGGCGGCGGUCAACUCGUGCGGCUAGCCUGCGCCCUCGCAGCCGUAACAUCACAACCCAUUCGCAUCACCAACGUGCGCGGCAACCGGGCUGGACCACGCGGUGGCGGUCUGAAAUCACAGCACGUCUCUUCAAUUGCAUGGCUUGCGAAGGCAACAGACGCUGAAGUCGGCGGUUUGGCAGUUGGAUCGCACACCCUAGAUUUUGCGCCAGCACUGCCUCCGACUGCGCUGAGAGGAAACAGGAUCUGCAUAGACGCCGAGUCGCCGGCGGCGAGCACAAUGCUGAUGUUCCAGGCUGUCUUGCCGUAUUUGCUCUUCGCCGGGAACGUUGGGGGUGAGGGGGAGGAGAAGAGCAUAGAGCUCGAGAUUAAAGGAGGUACCAACGUCUCCUUCUCUUUGAGCUACGAGUACCUGGACCAGGUCUUGCUGCCCAUCCUAGAGACACGUUUUGGUAUUGUCAUUGAAAGAAAGCUGAAGGAGAGAGGAUGGAGCUCAGGGCCUACGAGGAAAGGAACUGUCUGGUUUCGUAUUCAGCCACUCACCAUAGGCGAGAGAUUGGCGUCGAGAGGGCCGUGGGAUGGAAAACAUGCGGAUCAAGAUUUCGUGGUCGAGCGGAUCGAUGCGACCCUUCUCGCGCCCAGCAAUAUGCAUUCAUACCUACAAGAAGCGCUUGUUAAGGACCUAGAUGAGCGAUUUCCGGACGUGGAUGUCAGGUUCGUUAUCACGGAGGAAAGUGCACAUGAGAGCCGGAUGUAUGUACUACUGGUUGCGGUUUCCAAGACUGGUCUGCGAUGGGGUCGGGACUUUCUUUACAACAAGAAUAGGAAGAAGAAGACGCCCGGAAUGCUGAGCAGUGAGAUGUCGCGCAAGGUAUCCCGGGAUCUUCGUCAUGAGAUAUCGCUCCGUGGAGCUGUGGAUGAAUAUCUACAGGACCAGCUUGUUGUGUUCCAAGUGCUUUCCCAGGGCAUGUCAAGCUUCGGACGAAACGAGCAAGACGCUGAUGGUGAUGGCAGAGGCGUUGCACCCGAGAUGGAUGGGCUUGCCAUCAUCGAAGAGCAGAGGAUGCGAAAGGAUAAGACACAUGAACCGUUUGGGCAAGGAAGCACACAUACAACAACGGCAAGAUGGGUGGCUUCCCAACUCCUGCCUCAGGUCAAGUGGUUCAACAAGGGAGAAUUAUGUGAAGGGGCGGGUAUUUCAUUUAGCUGAUGAGAAAAUCGUUAGUUGUGUGAUCAGCAUGACUCUAUCUGCUUAAGACUGGAACGACAACAAUUAGUGAUGUGCUCGUCGCAAUGUUAUAUUUCUGGCCCAUCGAGAAGUCCCAGUGUACAAUUGACGCAUUGUGUCCGAGCCUUCUUCAAGAAUAUGCACAAUGCACGAAGUCCUCUGCUUUCCGG